AGGAUUUGGAUAACGAUUUCCCUGAGCCAGAGAUAGUGACUCAUCUGAUAGACCUCUUUUUUCAAUACAUCAAUUCUGUCUUUCCCUUUGUUCAUCGUGCAAGACUUAAACAAUCUAUCGCGAAUGGAACAGUGUCCAAGCCGUUAUUGUGGAGUGUGAUGGCUAUUGCUGCAAGGUAUAAUUAAUAAGAACUAGCGCAUUACUCAACUUGUGUGACUCAUCUAUUACAGAUUUUCAGAUCAUCCAAGCAUAAGGACAGAUCCCCCUUACUGGGCAGGUGAAAGGUAUGCCAUGAAGGCUACCUCUUUGAUCAAUGCAUCCUUGUUGGAACCAACGAUAGCCAAUCUUCAGUUUUGGGGAAUUAUGUCUUGCUUAGAAUAUGGAAGAGCAUCUGGGUCAAAGUAAGCCCAUUCAAAAAAAAAUAGAAUCGGCGUUGACUUUAAUUUAGAGCGUGGACAUAUGGGGGAAUAGCCGUGAGAAUGUGUCAAGAGCUUGGUCUACAUAAAGAAGAGACAUUAAAGGCACCGAUUACAGCACCUGAUGGAACCUUGGACUAUGUAGCUAUGGCUCUACGAAGACGUAUCUUUUGGAGUUGCUUUUGUAUAGACAAAUUUUCAAGUACCAGUACGAACCGGCCACAAGGCUUUGAGAUUGGCGAUUAUGAUGUUAGACCACCCACGGUAGCAGAGAGUAAGAUAUUGCGCGACCCACUUCAAGCGUAUACGGUAGAUAAGGUCUUGAUUGAUGAAGAUCCACUCAUGGACUCCAUUGGGGAGUACUUGAGCAUUUUGGAAAUAUUUGGAGAUAUCACAAAAUACAUGAGUAGAGCCAAAACGGAUUCUUCGUCUGUCAUUUGGCCGCCUAUUAAAGAACAUGAAGACCUAAAUAGAAGAAUGGAACUCUGGGCAACGAGUUUGCCAGAUAUCUACAAGUUCACUCCCAACAAUAUAAAACUGUAUAGAGAAACAGCCAGCGAAAAUUAUAUCAACUUUUGGCUCUGUUCACAUGCCAUUUAUUGUGCCGGCAUGCUUUCGCUUCAUAGAGGAAGCUUAGCAUACAGUGAUCUGUCAUCUGCUGAGAUACCGACCGAGACGUAUGAGAGAAUACAAACAAGUAUCGCAUCGUGCAAAACACAUGUUGAUAUUGCAAUGGAAGUGUUUAGCAAACUUCGUGAUUUUUGUGGAUGCAAUGUGCUACCUUACAUGGGAUACGCUGCUUAUAUUUUUGCGACAGUGUUGAUGACUUCGACAUUUUCGUCAGAUCCGAUAUUGUAUAAUAGAAGUAGCAAAGGCUUGGCUGUUCUGUUUGAUACAAUAAAGGUAAGUCAAUUCCUAUUCGCCGGUUCUUUUUCUUAAACACCACGUAGCUAUUACGUCCCUAUUGGCCAGUAGGCGAGAGAUUAGCAUUGACCACUCAGGACAUGCUAGCAGCUCAUAGCCGACUCUAUGAUGUACAAGAACAAGAAGAAAACCAAAAGAAGAAAUACGAGCAUAACUUAAAGCAGAUAAAUAGUCCAGCUGCAAAGACAUCAUCUGUAUCAAGUACAGACACAGGACUUCUUUCCCAACCCAUGCCAAUACCUACCACAAGCUCAGAAUUAGCGUAUCCCCCUGCGUUCAUAGACAAUAAUGUUCAACCUUACUAUAAUCAACAACAACCACCAUUACCUCUUCAACAACAACAACAACAACAAC